AUGAAGUUUUCUUCUCUCUCAAACACCUUCCUCUUGUCACCAGAGGUGGCAAGAGAAACUGCAUUGGGGUUUCUCGCAGGUGUUCAUCCAGAGGGACAGCCAGCCAAAUGGCAAGAAGAGAUGUUCACAGCUCACUAUGGAAGUUCUUCGCUUGUCAUCACAAACCAAUGGUUCGAUCUUUGUCACACCGACAUUGAAGAAGCGAAGCUCACAGCAAAGGAGAAGACUGCUGAAGGUUUCAAGCGAUUUAUGAUGGCCCACUUUUUUAUGUGGCAGUACCCAAAGAACGCUCGAACCUUUGGAUCGCGAUUUGGAGUUUGUGAACGUUUGUCUCGUGGAGACCCUGUUUUUCAUUGGGUGAAUAAGAUCGCAGCUUUGCAUGAAAAGCUUAUAGUGUGGAAGAAGAACCUCGAUUCCACCUUAACCCAAACACUUGUGAUAAGCAUUGAUGGAGUCGACUGCCGAACAUGGGAGAAAUCGAACGAGCGCUACAAUAUGGACACACAAGAGUGUUCACACAAGUUCAAUCAUGGGGCUGUGAAAUAUGAGGUCGCGAUGUCCCUUCUUGAGCCGCAGUGUGCCUGGAUCAGUGGGCCGCAUAAGGGAGGGAAACAUGAUCUUACGAUCUUUCGAGAAGGAGGUCUGAAGCAAAAGCUGAAGCGGUGGAAACAGGCAAUUGUGGAUAGGGGUUAUACAACUAGCGAAGAAGACGAAAAAUACAUCCUUUGUAUCCCAAGAGAAACCGAUUCUGUGACGCUCAAUGAAUACAAGGGAAGAGCUAGACUUCGACACGAAAGCUUCAAUGGUAGGUUGAAAAAGUAUAUGAUUCUUGACGCAACCUACAGACAUGAUCAAAAGCAUCAUGGAAAUGUUUUUAGAGCUGUUGCAGUAACGGUGCAGUACCAAAUGAACAAUGGCGCUCCCAUCUUUGAAGCUCCAAUGCAAAGAGAAUAA